AUGUCUAAGCUUAAAAGCAGUCAGCUCACUGACAUCUUCUGGAACAAGCUUGUGGACUUCGAAAAUGACCCUGACUAUUCUCGAAGAAUCAGAAAAGCAAUUGUUGCACUAGGAAGGCAGCCUGAUAGUGAGAUUAUUGUUCUCAGUCCUUAUGUCCAUGUGAAAGAGGACGGUGAGAUCAUACCACUUCGAGAAUGCACUUACGUAUGGGUCGAGAGUGUAAUCAAGAAAGAAGGAGUAGUUCCAAGCGGGGUACAGUUUUACAAGACACUCCCUACCAUCCCUACUCCUGAUAGGCCAUUGGAUGUACUGUUAGGUGGCCUGCGUGAGCUGACUCAGAGCAAUUUCUACUCUGCUGUCUUUGUGUUAGGCUCUGUGGCUUCCUCGUUGUUUUAUGAGAAGCUACAAGCAACUUACGGGAGUUUUGGUGUCACAAUGGUUGUGGGAGAAGUAAACCGUGGUAAAACCAAGAGUGUGGAGCUCUGUCUAGCUGCACUAGGAGUCAGACAUGCUCGUUUCUCUUCCAUCAGUGAUGCUCUCUUACGGAAGUUGCUUCAUGGUGGUAUGCCAUGGUGUUUUGACGACCCUGACACGGCAGAGCAAGUUAUGAAGAUCCUGCUGACAGUCUUCGGUGGUAAUACAACUGGUAAUGCACUGUCAAGUGGCUCUUGUCGUGUGUCUCCUCUAGUAACAGCCAAUGUGCACAUUUUGGAUGCUCUAGCUUCAAUGGACAAGAGGUAUAUAAUCUUAUAAACCUAUAGUAUUAUACAGUUUACGUACGUAGUUGCUAAUCGGCAUUUA